AUGGAGGGCCAGUCUCCGGCAGGUAAUUCUCGAUAUCAAUAUCAAUCGGCACAGUGGUCGCGACUUGUGCGGCGGAAUACACUUGCAGACACCUCGCCACCAAAUCUUCCCCCAAGUCUCGCUCCCACAUCUCAGCUUUCUCCGCAUCUCGACUUGCUCCCCAUCCUCCUCCCACAACAAUCCUCCUAUCACAAACUUCAGCUUGCUCAGUAUAACAGACUUGUCACGUCAGGAAGAGCAACCCCACUUCCCCCUCUAUUGUCCGCGCAACAUAUUCAGGCUGUGCCUGGAUCACGCCCCGGCUCAAGACCUAGCUCAAGGCCACCUUCAAGGCCGAGCUCAAGCAGCGGCAACACGGCAAAAAGCACAAAAUUUCCGGCGAGGGGAGGUCAUGGGAAUAAAGAGUCACGAAAACCCAGUAAAGGUGAGCCCACGCUCGUGACCCAGAAGGAGUCUUCAGCCAUCAUGCCGGGGAAGAUGCUGGACCUGUCAAACCAGUUGCCCACUCGACCUCUGAUACAGCAUCAAACUACAAAUUUCUCUCAGCAAUCGAACUCUGUCCCCUCAACACCGCAUCAACAUGCGAGACAAUUCUCUUUCGAGUCAAGAGAGCCUUCUCCCAAUGCCACAAAUAGUCACUCUCCGCGCUCUGCAUACUCCGAAUCUAAUAUCACCCUCCCUUCAAGAGCAAUUUCGGGCGGUGGUCCCCGAGGAGGAUGUCGGUACGAAACCGCUAUGGCACAUACAAAGCGACGAAUACCUUACAGCAUUGGAAGCGAACGAUUGGAAAAGCUGAGCACUUCAAGUAUCAAGAGCAAGCUAUCCCAAGAUGAGGAGAGAACUCUUUCAACAGAUAUGAGAGAACUUUAUGACCGGUUAUUGCCCACUACAGACAGUGAGGAUAGGAGGAAAAAGCUGGUGCAGAAACUAGAGAAGCUGUUCAACGAGGAAUGGCCUGGACAUGAUAUACAAGUUCAUGUAUUUGGUUCAUCUGGCAAUCUACUUUGUACAGAUGAAUCAGACGUGGAUGUAUGCAUAACCACAAACUGGAAGGAGUUAGAGGGUGUUUGCAUCAUUGCAGAGCUUCUAGCAAAGAAUGGGAUGGAAAAAGUCAUCUGCGUUUCAACGGCCAAGGUACCCAUUGUCAAGAUCUGGGAUCCGGAAACGCGCCUUGCAUGCGACAUGAAUGUCAACAAUGUCGAAGCGCUAGAGAAUACUCGAAUGAUCAAGACCUAUGUGCAAAUAGACCCUCGAGUACGACAACUAGCUAUGAUUAUUAAACAUUGGACAAAGAGAAGGAUAGUGAAUGAUGCAGGCUUUGGGCUCACCAUUAGCUCGUAUACUUGGAUAUGCAUGAUCAUCAACUUCCUUCAAAGUCGUAGUCCUCCCAUUCUUCCCGCUCUUCAUCAACGCCCCCACCAGAAACUACCUGUCAAAGAUGGACAAGGAAGCGAGUUUGCGGACGACUUAAAUGCGCUGCAAGGGUUCGGUCAAAAGAACAAGGAGACAGUAGGGGAACUUCUGUUUCAAUUUUUCCGAUUUUAUGGUCACGAGUUUGACUACGACAAACACGUAGUUUCGGUCAGAAAUGGAAGACAGAUAUCCAAGUUCGAGAAGAAGUGGCAUUUGGGAAACAAUAAUAUGCUCUGUGUCGAGGAGCCAUUCAAAGUGGUUCGCAAUCUAGGGAACACAGCAGACGACACCUCAUUUCGAGGGCUGCAUUUGGAGAUCAGACGUGCGUUCGAUUUAAUCUCACAAGCAAAGCUUGAAGAAUGUUGCGAGCAGUACCAAUAUCCCAAGGAGGAAGAACGAAUAUGGGAGAAACCAGCGCCGAAGCCAAAACCUAUCUUACGCAGUACUUCGCAAUCGAAUCGCGGUGGAAGAGGCGCUCAUCGUGGUAAUCGCCAUACCAACCGGAAUGGCAAUAACAAUCGAAGAUCGUCAAGCAGCACAUUCGACAGCUCUUCUUCGUAUAAUGGUGGCCUUCCACCAAAUAUGACGGCGCAAGAUGUGUGGCUUCAGCGACAAGCUCAGGCUCAAUUACACAACGACUUGUACACGACUUAUUCGGUCUUGCAAGCGCAGGAGAAUAGCCUACGGAUGCAAUUAUAUAACCAAUCUCAAGGAUAUAUGCAGGUGCAGCAAAGUCCAGGGUAUUCGCAGUCGCAGCCAGGUCAAAGUAGUACUGGAGGAAUCAAAUACCAAACUGCGGAUCGAAAUCGCACGAGCUCGUUUGACCAGGCGCCGCAGUCAGCCCCGAUGCGUAACGAGAUGUACUUUUACCCUGUGCCAUACCCAGGCUCACCGAUGUAUGGCUAUCAGAGUCCAAAUACGAACCCUUCCUCGCCAUCACUCAGCGCCGCUGUACCGGAAUUAAGGCGAAGUAUGCACAGAUCAAGCAUCACAAAUGGUUCCGGUGUAGCAGGGCAAUCCUCAAGCUCAAUGCGGUCACAUUCACAGCCUGCUGCUCGUUCCACCCCCACUCAACUAUCAGUUCCGGGGUUGCCCAGUUCUGGACUUGGUAUUUACCAAACGUUACGGCAGGCAAAUGGAGCUCCGAUCCCCAGUUUUAUUGCCGACGAAAAUUCCGAGGUGGGCUUCGAGUCAACAACAGCAUCUACUUCAACCAGCCCCCCUGAGGACAAUACGCCAAAGCAGUAUGUCGGCUACUAUGUGAAUGAAUCCGCUCCAAGUUCAAGACGAAGGGAACCUAACAUAAUGGCUAUCCCUUCCUUUGGUGACCUCUACCAGAGUCGGCGUCGGUUGUCGACGGAUCGGCUACCACAGUCUAUUUUAGACCGAAUGAAGCGGCCUUCUCGAUCUCCGUCACCACUAGGCCAUGACCGGUCAUUUUCUACCGGUGCUCAUUCGGCCCCCCUCUCUGCUGUUCCCUCGCAACAAAGUGUAUCGAGCUCCAACCUCCGUGCACUGAACCAGGCCCCAUUGGUAGUAAAUGGAACCAAUGUGCCGGCACCCGUGUCAAUUCCAAAUUGGCAAGCUUCUGUUAGUGUUAGUUCGAGGGUUGUAGAAGGGAGUGAUACCCCAAUUGGGUCAAUGGACUCGAUGUCCCAGGCGUCGGUGAGCGAUAUUUCAGGUGAUCAAGAUCACUCCGGCCAGGUCACACCCAAAGAAUAUCGAUCCGAGGGCAGAGUUGAACCUCCUAUGGUUGUGAAUGGGUCUAAUCCACAAACCUACGAUGUCUCUUCAACGAACUCAGGUCCCGUUCCUCCUGCAAUCAAUAUACCAAGCGGCUUGAUUGCUGCAGAUCUUUUCAACCAUUCUCGACUUUCUCCAAACUCUCGAAAUCGAUUAGCUCGACAAAAUGGUGGCAUGUCUCCCCUCGACAUUGGUGCAAGCCAAUCUGAGUUGCCUCGCGAUGAUUCAUCACACCUUUCUCCCGUUUUCGAAACCCGAACUCCAUCGCCAACUACGAGUCGAAAGUUUGAACCUCUAACUGGCCUAAGGGCAAAUGGGCACUCUGCGAGGGCUUCGGCGGACAAAAAUGAUCUUCUGAAAUCCGCACAGAACCUCAGCAUUGCUCAUGUUAGCCAAAGCAAAACUCUUACUGCUGCUCAGAAUGGGCAUAUAAGAGGUGCUAAGAGCGAGGGUAGUGGGCCAGGUACUUGGCAAAAGGCCCCAAACUCGAAGGGCAAGAAAAAGGGAUCUUCUGCAGAUACCAGGGGUAUUAUGAAUGGCCAAGCUCAAGUUGAGAGAUUCCCAAAAAACGACUCGGAGCGAAAGGGUGGUUAG